AACAACUCCUCAGUCACUCAGUCGGCAACAGCAUAUCGCGCCGUGAUUGACCAGACCUUUUCUGACACUCCACUGCCAGCGCCCGACUACUCAACGAUGAAAAGGCCUUCUCUGUAUUCGGACGUAAUGAUGGCUGGACAACGUCAGGCGGUACAAUCUGGGAAGAACGACCGUGGAAGCGCGGGUCAUGCCGCACGGCAUGCCACUGGGCAGGAUACCAAUGCCAGCAACAACGGCCGCCGCCGGAGCAGUGGCGUUGAUGGCGGGGACAAGUAUUUGACCCAUACGGCGAUUCUGAGCGCGGAGUGCCAGAAGCGCCGUUUCAACCCGCAAUUCACGGAGUGGUCCACCAAUGGGCAGUACUACUGCUCAAUCAAUCUGAAUGGCGUCGUUCUUAACGGCAAUCGAGCAUAUUCAACUGCUAACGACGCAAAGCAAGCACUCGCGAAGCUCGCAGUAUCGGAGGUAAAGAAACAGCCAUGCCCCAGCCCGGCAGCAAGGGCGGCAGCCAAAGCUGCUCGGGCCGAGCGUAUCGCCCAUGAGUCGGCUCAGAUUGGCAACAGAAGCGCAUCCUCGAGUCAAGGACAGCAACGGGCCAAGGACUCUGCCUCAGCCGUCCACCGCGGAAGUACAAUGGAAAAUGGCCCGAAAGGCUGGCUCCCCGCCGUGCAGAGCAGCCAGGCCGGGCAGGAUGGCACGAUCAAUCACAACACCUGCCAGACACCUGCUCCGGCCUCAGCCCUGAGCCCGGAUAUCCUUUCCAACCCGAUUGCUUCGCGAGCGUUCUUAGAAGGCCUCGCUUUGGGAGCACGGCUCUAUGAAUCGGCUCAGCGCCUCAAGGCCGAGAACAUCCUUAUAAGACCUUCCUUGGGCAUGCCUGCCGCUGAGCCGGCAUCCGCCUCAGGGCGAGGCUGGAAUCACGAGCGGGAGCGGUCACCCAUGGCGGAGGGCAGCCGGCGGAUUCGUGAGCGCUCGCCGCUUCGCAAUCAGCACCGCGAGCCUUGACCUGGUAGCCAGGGCCAAGCUUGGUGAACCAGGGGUCUUGCAAGGGAAUUGUCACCUCCCUUGCUUCGUCGAAAGUUCACUUUUAUAUCUCCACUGACAAGGACAAAUGCUUGGGCAGAGACUCGGUUGAUACUGA